CUACGAAAGUAAGGCUGGUGGUGUUAGUAAAUUAGUUAUGUAUGUUAUUCAAGUAUAUCACUUAGUUUGUUCUUCCCAUCACUAAUGCUAUGAACGUCUUUUCUGUUUCUGUUCAAUGUCUUCAUUUUCCUACAACAAUCACAUCUACAUCAAAAAUGAACGAGAAAGAGAUUACAAAACAGAAAUUUCUCACCAAACAUUCAUAAAGGAAUUCAUAAAGAAGGGUAUGAAAAACAGAAGAAUGACAUUUUCAAGAAGACAUGUGACUUUUGUUUAUUAACCAUGAAGUAAUUUGUAAAAUUUAAAAAAAAAGAAUUACAUUGGUAUUUGAUAACCAACAGACAUUAUGGAGGAGACAGUAAGUAAAUGUCAAGAUAAUGAUGAACCAAAACCUGAAGCUAAAGUGCCACGAUUACGUUUAACAAAGAAAUUCUAUACGUGCAGCAUAUGUUUACUCAUAUUCUCUGAUGCUGAUAGUUUGACUAAUCACAAGAAUAUCCACAAUGAAAAAAAACCAUAUCACUGUGACAUCUGUGGUAAAACCUUCUCAGACAAUUCUAAAUUAACUCGCCAUAAAUGUACAUAUUCAAUAGAGAAACCAUUCCAUUGUGAUGUCUGUAGUAAAAGAUAUUCUCGCAAUGAUAAUCUGAAACGUCACAAACGAAUACACUCAGGAAUAAAACCAAGCCGCUGUGACGUUUGUGGUAAGACAUUCUACUCCAGUGAAAGUUUUGCAGCCCAUAAACGUAUUCAUACGGAAGAGAAACCUUAUCGUUGCAAUAUCUGUGGUGAGUUAUUUUCUGAAACUAAAGCAUUAUCUGUUCAUAAACGUGUUCAUGUCAAUGAGAAGCCAUACCAGUGUGAUGUGUGUGGCAAAUCAUUCUCCCAAAAUGGAUAUUUAACUUAUCAUAAACUUAUUCACACUGGGGAGAAACCGUACCAGUGUGAUAUCUGUACUAAAACGUUCUCUCGGAAUGAUUAUUUGAAACGUCAUCUACGUAUUCAUACUGGGGUAAAACCAUAUGAAUGUGAUGUCUGUGGUAAAAGAUUCUCUGGAAGUGGACAUCUGACAUGUCAUAAGCGAAUACACACAGGUAAGAAACCAUACCAAUGUGAUGUCUGUGGUAAAUCGUUCUCAACAAGUGGAAAUUUAACUUCUCAUAAACGUAUUCAUUCAGAUGAGAAACCAUACCAGUGUGAAGUCUGUCACAAAUCAUUUUCUCAAAGUGGACAUUUAAGCAAUCAUCGAAAUAUUCACACAGGUGAGAAACCAUAUCACUGUGAUGUCUGUGGCAAAGCAUUCUCUAUAAGUGGAGAUUUAUCUCGUCACAAACGUAUUCACACUAUUGAGAAACCUUUCCAGUGUGAUGUCUGUGGUAAAAAGUUCACUGUAAUUGAAAAUUUAACCUCUCAUAAAAAUAUUCACUCAGAUAAACCACACCCGUGUGAUAUCUGUGGUAAAAUAUUUUCGCGGAAGAGAUAUUUAAUUAGGCAUAAACAUAUUCACUCAGGGGAAAAACCAUACCGCUGUGAUAUAUGUGGUAAAGCUUUUACUCGAAAUGGGUAUUUAACUUCUCACAAACUUAUUCAUUCGGGAGAGAAACCAUAUCAGUGUGAGAUCUGUAGCAAAACAUUCUCUCGCAAUGAUUAUUUGAGAUGUCACAAACGUAUUCAUACAGGGGAAAAACCUUAUGAGUGUGAUGUUUGUGGUAAAGCAUUCUCUCAAAGUGGAGAUUUAACUCGUCACAAACACAUUCACUCAGGUGAAAAACCAUACCAGUGUGAUGUAUGUGGUAAAAAGUUUGCACGGGGGAGAUAUUUAAUUAAGCACAAACAUAUCCACACUGCAAGUUCUUAUCAUUGUGAUACCUCUGGUAAAGAUUUUGCAGGAGGUGAAAAUUCAGCUGACGAUCAUUUUUAUGCUGGUGAAAAACUACACCAAUGUGAUGUCUGUGGGAAAAUAUUCGCACAGAAGAGAUAUUUAAUCAGACACAAACAUAUUCAUUCAGGUGAGAAACCAUACCAUUGUGAUACUUGUGGUAAAACAUUUUCUCGCAACGAGUAUCUGACUCUUCACAAACGUAUUCACACAAGAGAAAAAUCCUAUCAGUGUGACAUCUGCAAUAAAGCGUUCUCUGCAAAUAUCAUUUUAACUAUUCAUAAACGCAUCCACACAGGGGAAAAACCAUACCAUUGCGAAAUCUGUGGUAAAACAUUUUCACAUAAAACAACUUUGAAUAUUCACCAGCAUGUUCAUGCAGUAGAAUAAUCAUUUUACGCUAAGUGCUGGGAUUUGACCAUUAACAUCUGUUGCAACAUGUUAGCUGUCCUUUUUGCAGUAUAUUAAGGAAGUAACUUUUAUCUCUUCUGAAAAACAUAGCCUAAACUAAAAAUAUUGUUAACCAAUUGUGACAUUAUGUAGCAUGUUUUUAGACCAGAUUAGUUAAUUGCAUGCAAAAGUAUUUUAAUCUUGCUUUAAAGAGAACAUACCGGUCUAAUUUUUAAAUGUUCAUUGUUUUAUCUGAGUUGGGCAUUAUCCACCUAAUAUGCUGUCAGCUUUAACAACACCACCUUCAACAAGUAGUUAUUUUGACUACUGGCCAACACAUCUUUCAUGCAACUAAUGCCUGUAAUCAACAUGAACAUAAAAGUUUGUAUCCACUGUAGCAACCACCUCUGAAACGCAGAAAAGAAGUGUCUUUGUGCAUGACAUAGCCUGCAAGCUCUCUCACUUCCUGAGUUUUAUGAUCCCUUGCACAAAAGUGUUCUCUACUGACCUCAACCCACCAUUCCACAAACAAGACAGCUUAUGUUAGCUGCUCAUCCACUUUGUCAUUUGUUCUUCGCUUCAAUUCCACACUGCACAUGCUCUACAACACUCUCUCAAUCUCUCCUUCCCAAUGUCUCCAAUUUCAUCCAAACCACAUGAAUUCAAUCAUCAUGUGC